AGGGGCUCUGUCGAAAUAAAACGGGAACCCCUUCAGUUCUUCCUUCGGCCUGUUGGAGGUGUGGAGCGGACGCCAUCUUGAGGGCACCCUAAAUGCCUCGUUUGUCUGGCGGGCGGCUGAUCACCGUCUCCGGCGCAUCAUGAGGGGAUCAUCUACUUCCAAAUAAAACAGCACCGCCACAGUUUUAGGUUGCAGGCUUCCGGGGAGGACUAAGACGAGCCGCCCGGUGACAGUCCAUCAUCCCUGCGGGUUGGUUUUAACCGAAGGCGGCUCCGCUGUGGCCCGAUGGCUGGCUAGCCGCUCGGGAGGAGGAAGGGUGGUGACGGCGCAAAAUGCUCCGCCGCUGACUCCCCGACAGCACGAAUCAUCCAACGCGCAGGCUCGCCGACAGUUGGACGGCCGACCACGAUGAGCCCGUAGAUUAAACCGUUGACACGUCGUCGAGUUUGUUCCGGUUUGUGUUGAGAGCGAGCAUCAUGUCAUCCAACAGCACCAGCGCGGCGGCCGUCAGCGCCAGCAAAACCAAGACGAAAAAGAAGCAUUUUAUAGGACAGAAGGUGAAGUUGUUCCGUGCGAGCGAGCCCAUCCUCAGCGUGUUGAUGUGGGGUGUCAACCACACGAUUAAUGAGUUAAGUAAUGUGCCUGUACCCGUUAUGCUGAUGCCAGAUGACUUUAAAGCCUACAGUAAGAUCAAAGUGGACAACCACCUAUUUAACAAAGAAAACCUCCCGAGUCGCUUUAAGUUCAAGGAGUACUGUCCCAUGGUGUUCAGGAACCUGAGGGAGCGCUUCUGCAUCGACGACCAGGACUACCAGAACUCUCUGACCCGGAGCGCCCCUCUCAACAGCGACGCCCAGGGUCGCUUCGGGAACCGCUUCCUGACGAGCUACGACCACCGCUUCGUCAUCAAGACUGUGUCCAGUGAGGACAUUGCUGAGAUGCACAACAUCUUAAAGAAAUAUCACCAGUUUAUUGUGGAGUGUCAUGGCAACACGCUGCUGCCUCAGUUCCUGGGCAUGUACCGGCUAACGGUGGACGGAGUGGAGACGUACAUGGUGGUGACUCGGAACGUCUUCAGCCAUCGCCUCACUGUGCACCGCAAGUAUGACCUGAAGGGUUCUACGGUCUCCAGAGAAGCCAGCGACAAGGAGAAGGCCAAAGAACUUCCCACUUUUAAAGACAACGACUUCCUGAAUGAAGGACACAAGCUGCAGAUAGGAGACGACAACAAGAAGUACUUUUUGGAGAAGUUAAAGCGGGACGUGGAGUUCCUGGCCACGCUGAAGAUCAUGGACUACAGCCUCCUGGUGGGCAUCCAUGAUGUGGAGCGGGCCGAGCAGGAGGAGAUGGACGUGGAGGGCGUGGGAGAAGAGGAGGACCUGGAGAACGACGGGAUGGGAGGAGGCGUGCUGACGGGCUCCUUCGGCACGCCCCCCGACAGUCCCGGAAACCCGCUCAACUGCGGCGGCUUCUUCGGCCCCGGGGAGUUCGACUCCUCCGUGGACGUUUACGCAAUCAAGAGCCACGACGGUGCUGGGAAGAAGGAGGUUUACUUCAUGGCUAUCAUCGACAUCUUCACGCACUACGACGCGAAGAAAAAAGCUGCACACGCUGCCAAAACUGUGAAACACGGGGCGGGGGCCGAGAUCUCCACGGUGAACCCGGAGCAGUACUCCAAAAGAUUCUACGAGUUCAUGUCCAACAUCUUGUUAUAGACUCAUCCUCCAGUUGUCGUGUCCAACGUCUCUCCUCUGUGUCCCGUCUUUGUACAAACAAGCGUCCAGUUUGGUCCCCUGAAGGAGGGACGAGUCGAGCCUGUUACACCCCCCACCCCCCACCCCCCUCCUGGUUUUUGGACCCGUCCCUUCUGUGUCCGCCUCGUCGCUCCUCACGCCAGCACGAACUGUCUCACUAAUGCCUUGAACCAGUUUCAGCUUCAGCAGCUUCCGGUCCGUCACCAGAGUCUCCUCGGUUUUUAUUUUCAGUCCACACAGAAGCCGAACAGCCCGAAUGCACGGCGGCCGCAGGAUUCAAACCCGCCACCUGCCGGGAAGUUGGGGAUUAACACAUUAAUACGUGACUAACAGUGAUUAACGAACGCAGACGUGAAAAUGCAUGGCUGCCGCCUCGUCGAACCACUGAAGCAUCCGAGUGUUAAACAAACGUCGAUGUUCGAAUGUUGCCACAACGUUUCUGGAUGUCUUCAACUUUCCACCACCGGUGGACGUUGGAGUGAAAAAAAUAAAGGUUUCAUGUUUUGGGGGGGUGGGGGGUGUUCUGCAGCAAAUACCUGUUUUAUUACCAUAAGGAUCAUUUUUAUAUCUUGUUUACAUUAAUGUAGCAAUUUUGUGUUUGUAUACAGUAUUGUUUUGUUACCAACAGACAUUAGGAAAAAAAGGUUACUUGAAAAUGAUUCAUUGCAAAAUAAUA